UUCAGGAUGCCGCCUCCUUCUCGUCGUGGAGCGGGAGCCCGCGGCCGCCCUAGUGAGAGGCUGGAGGCCGGAGCGCGCAGCGCCGGCUGAGACUCGCGCGAGGAGCCGCCCGGGCCCCGGGAAGCCCCGGGAAACUUUCUGAUCGCGAGCAGAGGACGCCCGGCACUGCGCUGCUCGGGCGAUGCGCGACUCGGCGCGGCGGCGGCGGCGGCGGCGCGGACCCAGAACCGGGGACCAGAGGCGCUCCGGAUCCUAGUGUGGCCCUACCCCGGCCGCUGACCAUGAAUGGGAUGGCCAACGUGAAUUCCGCCAGCCGCCCGCACUAUGCCUCCUCCAUCCCGGUGCCUCGAGCUUCCUCACAGACCAGGAUUCACACUCCGGGCGCUUCUCCUCAGCUUCGGCCUCGUCAGGCUGACUUGGCCCUGAGCCCCCAGCGAGCUGCCUCCCCAAGUCGGCGCAAGGCUGCAGUCUCGUCUAGAAACUCUUCCCCGAAGGCCUACAGAGGAAGAGGUACUCCAAGGGCUGCAGGGCCAGCAGAGAGUGGAGAAAGCCUUCCCAGCUCCCCCUGGAGCAGCCCCAGGAUAACCCCCAAAACAGCCUUCUCCAGUCAGGCGGGACCCAGAAGAGCUGGGGAGACACAAGGCACCCAGCGCAAGAAGACCCAGGACGGAAUCUCAGUUCGCCAGACCAGGGGAAGGAGCCCACCCCCGACAAGCUGUCAUGGAGAAACUCAAAUUCCAGGGCCUCCUGAAGGUCGGAUGCUUCCUAGCUCCCAGGGAAAAGAUCAAAGAGACAAAAACUACAAACCCCCUAGGUCUCUGGAGCUUGAUGAAGGGGCGGCUCCAGGGACUCCCUCUCCAGUCUGCAGCCCCGUGCAGAGUCUGAAGCCCUCUCAUACUCCGGGGACCAUUAGCUUUUCCUCCGCCCAUCAGCAGAGCCAGCCAAUCACAGCCACGGUGGCCCCCUUUCAGUACAGGCUGCAGACAGACCAGGAGCCUGGCCCCAUUCCUCAGGAAAGCUGGACCCUUGAUGGAUACACCAGCCCCGCUAGCAGGACUGAGGAAAGCUUCUCCUGCAUGGACGCGCGGAUCGUCCAUGCGCUCCUGGCAGGCAGAAUGCUGGGCAGCAGCGUCAAGAGCGUGCAGCCCGAGGUGGAGCUGAGCGGCGGCAGCGGCAGCGGCGGCGACGAGGGCGCGGACGAGCCUCGGGGAGCCAGCAGAAAGGCGGCCGCGGCGGACGGCAGAGGCAUGCUGCCCAAGCGCGCCAAGGCGGCGGUCGGCGGUGGCAGUAUGGCCAAGGCCAGCGCAGCGGAGCUGAAGGUCUUCAAGUCCGGCAGCGUGGACAGCCGUGUCCCCGGUGGGCCGCCGGCCUCCAACCUGCGCAAACAGAAGUCACUCACCAACCUCUCGUUUCUCACGGACUCCGAGAAAAAGCUGCAGCUGUAUGAGCCUGAGUGGAGCGAUGAUAUGGCCAAGGCACCCAAAGGUUUGGGCAAAUUGGGGCCCAAGGGCCGCGAGGCUCCUCUAAUGUCCAAGACACUGUCCAAAUCAGAGCACUCGCUCUUUCAGCCCAAAGGAGCCCCCGCGAGCGGCGGCGCCAAGACCCCACUGGCUCCGCUAGCGCCCAGCCUAGGCAAACCCAGUCGGAUUCCUCGCGGACCCUAUGCGGAGGUCAAGCCUCUCAGUAAGGCGCCUGAGGCAGCGGUGAGCGACGAUGGCAAAUCGGAUGACGAGCUGCUUUCCAGCAAGGCUAAGGCGCAGAAGGGCUCAGGGACUGUGCCCUCAGCCAAGGGCCAGGAGGAGCGGGCCUUCCUCAAGGUGGACCCCGAGCUCGUGGUAACCGUGCUGGGCGACCUGGAGCAGCUGCUCUUCAGCCAGAUGCUGGAUCCAGAGUCACAGAGAAAGAGGACAGUCCAGAAUGUGUUGGACCUUCGACAGAACCUGGAAGAGACCAUGUCCAGCCUUCGAGGCUCCCAGGUGACUCACAGCUCCCUGGAGAUGACUUGUUACGACAGCGAUGACGCCAACCCGCGAAGUGUAUCCAGCCUCUCCAACCGUUCCUCGCCCCUCUCUUGGCGCUACGGCCAGUCCAGUCCCCGGCUGCAGGCUGGCGAUGCACCCUCUGUUGGGGGGAGCUGCCGCUCCGAGGGGCCACCAGCCUGGUACAUGCACGGGGAACGGGCACACUACUCCCACACAAUGCCUAUGCGGAGCCCUAGCAAGCUCAGCCACAUCUCCCGCCUGGAGUUGGUGGAGUCCCUGGACUCUGAUGAGGUGGACCUCAAGUCCGGCUACAUGAGUGACAGCGACCUCAUGGGCAAGACCAUGACAGAGGAUGAUGACAUCACGACAGGCUGGGACGAGAGCAGCUCCAUCAGCAGUGGCCUCAGUGAUGCCUCGGACAACCUCAGCUCGGAAGAGUUCAACGCCAGCUCCUCACUCAACUCCCUCCCCACGACUCCCACGGCUUCCCGCAGGAGCUCUACAAUCGUGCUACGCACAGACUCAGAGAAGCGCUCUCUGGCAGAAAGCGGGCUGAACUGGUUUAGCGAAUCAGAGGAGAAGGCCCCCAAAAAACUGGAGUACGACAGCGGCAGCCUGAAGAUGGAGCCGGGGACUUCGAAGUGGCGGAGAGAGCGACCCGAAAGCUGUGAGGACGCAUCCAAGGGUGGAGAACUGAAAAAGCCCAUCAGCCUGGGACAUCCAGGGUCCCUGAAGAAGGGCAAGACCCCACCAGUGGCUGUCACCUCUCCGAUCACUCAUACAGCCCAGAGUGCCCUCAAAGUGGCAGGCAAGCCUGAAGGCAAAGCCACAGACAAAGGCAAGCUCACAGUGAAGAACACUGGGUUGCAGCGCUCCUCUUCCGACGCUGGCCGGGACCGCCUGAGUGAUGCUAAGAAGCCCCCGUCCGGCAUCGCGCGCCCCUCGACGUCAGGAUCCUUUGGCUAUAAGAAGCCUCCCCCUGCCACCGGCACAGCUACGGUCAUGCAGACAGGUGGCUCGGCCACUCUCAGCAAGAUCCAGAAAUCCUCAGGCAUCCCCGUCAAGCCAGUAAACGGGCGCAAGACGAGUUUAGAUGUGUCCAACAGUGCAGAGCCCGGGUUCCUGGCUCCAGGAGCACGGUCCAACAUCCAGUAUCGCAGCCUGCCCAGGCCGGCCAAAUCCAGUUCGAUGAGUGUGACUGGUGGGCGGGGCGGACCUCGCCCCGUUAGCAGCAGCAUUGACCCCAGCCUCCUCAGCACCAAGCAGGGAGGCCUUACACCUUCCAGACUGAAGGAACCUUCCAAGGUCGCCAGUGGCAGGACCACGCCAGCUCCCGUCAAUCAGACAGAUCGGGAAAAGGAGAAGGCCAAAGCCAAGGCUGUGGCCUUGGACUCAGACAACAUCUCCUUGAAGAGCAUUGGCUCCCCAGAAAGCACUCCUAAGAACCAAGCAAGCCACCCUCCAGCCACCAAGUUGGCAGAGUUGCCACCCACCCCUCUCAGGGCCACAGCUAAAAGCUUUGUCAAGCCACCCUCGCUAGCCAAUCUAGACAAGGUCAACUCCAACAGUCUGGAUCUACCAUCUUCCAGCGACACCCACGCUUCCAAGGUCCCCGAUCUGCAUGCUCCAAGCUCGUCCACUGGGGGCGCUCUGCCCUCUUGCUUCACCCCCAGUCCGGCACCCAUCCUCAAUAUUAACUCAGCCAGCUUCUCCCAGGGCCUGGAGCUCAUGAGUGGCUUCAGCGUCCUGAAGGAGACCCGCAUGUACCCCAAACUCUCAGGCCUGCACAGGAGCAUGGAGUCCCUCCAGAUGCCGAUGAGCCUGCCCAGUGCCUUCCCCAGCAGUUCCCCCGUCCCCACCCCACCUGCCGCUCCUGCUGCCCAACCAGAGGAAGAGACCGAAGAGCUGCCCUGGAGUGGAAGCCCCAGAGCUGGACAGUUGGACGGCAAUCAGCGGGAUCGGAACACCCUCCCCAAGAAAGGACUCAGGUACCAGCUUCAGUCCCAGGAGGAGACCAAGGAGAGGCGGCACUCCCACACUAUCGGUGGACUCCCCGAAUCCGACGACCAGGCAGAGCUGCCGUCUCCUCCCGCGCUCUCCAUGUCCUUGAGUGCAAAGGGCCAGCUUACCAACAUAGUGAGUCCCACUGCGGCCACCACGCCAAGAAUCACCCGCUCCAACAGCAUCCCCACCCACGAGGCGGCCUUCGAGCUGUACAGCGGGUCCCAAAUGGGGAGCACCCUGUCCCUGGCCGAGAGACCCAAGGGAAUGAUUCGGUCAGGAUCCUUCCGAGACCCCACGGAUGAUGUUCAUGGCUCGGUGCUGUCUCUGGCCUCCAGUGCCUCUUCCACCUACUCCUCAGCUGAGGAGAGGAUGCAAUCUGAGCAAAUUCGGAAGCUUCGGAGGGAGCUGGAAUCCUCCCAGGAAAAAGUGGCCACCCUGACAUCGCAGCUUUCUGCCAAUGCUAACCUGGUGGCUGCUUUCGAGCAGAGCCUGGUGAAUAUGACGUCCCGCUUGCGACACCUGGCCGAGACAGCCGAGGAGAAGGACACCGAGCUGCUGGAUUUGCGAGAAACUAUAGACUUCCUGAAGAAAAAGAAUUCUGAGGCCCAGGCCGUCAUCCAGGGAGCACUGAAUGCCUCAGAAGCCACACCCAAAGAACUCCGGAUCAAGAGACAGAAUUCUUCAGAUAGCAUCUCCAGCCUCAACAGCAUCACCAGCCAUUCCAGCAUCGGCAGCAGCAGUAAGGACGCUGACGCCAAGAAGAAGAAGAAGAAGAGCUGGGUUUAUGAGCUUCGGAGUUCCUUCAACAAAGCCUUCAGCAUUAAAAAGGGUCCCAAGUCGGCCUCCUCGUACUCUGAUAUUGAGGAGAUUGCCACCCCCGACUCCUCAGCCCCGUCCUCCCCCAAACUACAGCAUGGCUCCACGGAGACGGCAUCCCCCUCCAUCAAGUCCUCCAACUCGUCCUCUGUGGGCACUGAGGUCACCGAGGCUCCUGCUCAUUCAGUCCCCCACACUAGACUGUUCCAAGCCAAUGAGGAGGAGGAGCCAGAGAAGAAGGAGGUCUCGGAGCUCCGCUCUGAACUAUGGGAGAAAGAAAUGAAGCUCACAGACAUCCGGUUGGAGGCCCUAAACUCUGCCCACCAGCUAGACCAGCUUCGGGAGACCAUGCACAACAUGCAGCUGGAGGUGGACCUGCUGAAAGCAGAGAAUGACCGGCUGAAGGUUGCUCCUGGCCCCUCCUCAGGCUCCACUCCGGGGCAGGUCCCUGGAUCGUCCGCUCUGUCGUCCCCUCGCCGUUCCCUGGGCCUUGCACUCAGCCAUCCCUUCAGUCCCAGUCUGGCAGAUACAGACCUAUCACCCAUGGAUGGCAUCAGCACCUGUGGUCCAAAGGAAGAAGUGACCCUUCGGGUGGUGGUACGGAUGCCACCCCAGCACAUCAUCAAAGGGGACUUAAAGCAGCAGGAGUUCCUCUUGGGAUGUAGCAAGGUCAGUGGCAAGGUGGACUGGAAGAUGCUGGAUGAAGCUGUUUUCCAAGUGUUCAAGGACUACAUUUCUAAAAUGGACCCAGCCUCCACCCUGGGGCUAAGCACUGAGUCUAUCCAUGGCUAUAGCCUCAGCCAUGUGAAGCGAGUGUUGGAUGCCGAGCCUCCUGAGAUGCCGCCGUGCCGCCGGGGUGUGAAUAACAUAUCCGUCUCCCUCAAAGGGCUGAAGGAGAAGUGUGUCGACAGCCUGGUGUUCGAGACGCUCAUCCCCAAGCCCAUGAUGCAGCACUACAUAAGCCUCCUGCUGAAGCACCGGCGCCUCGUGCUCUCGGGCCCCAGUGGCACGGGCAAGACCUACCUGACCAACCGGCUGGCUGAGUAUCUGGUGGAGCGCUCGGGCCGGGAGGUCACUGAUGGCAUCGUCAGCACUUUCAACAUGCACCAGCAAUCUUGCAAGGAUCUGCAACUGUACCUCUCCAACCUGGCCAACCAGAUAGACCGGGAAACGGGAAUUGGGGAUGUGCCCUUGGUGAUCCUGUUGGAUGACCUGAGUGAAGCAGGCUCCAUCAGUGAGCUGGUGAAUGGGGCCCUUACCUGCAAGUACCACAAAUGUCCCUAUAUCAUAGGCACCACCAAUCAGCCUGUAAAAAUGACACCCAACCACGGCUUGCACUUGAGUUUCAGGAUGCUGACCUUCUCUAACAAUGUGGAGCCGGCCAAUGGCUUUCUGGUCCGGUACCUGCGGAGGAAGUUGGUCGAGUCGGACAGUGACAUCAAUGCUAACAAGGAAGAGCUGCUCCGGGUGCUGGACUGGGUGCCCAAGCUGUGGUAUCACCUCCACACCUUCCUUGAGAAGCACAGCACCUCGGACUUCCUCAUCGGCCCUUGCUUCUUUCUGUCCUGUCCCAUUGGCGUCGAGGACUUCCGGACCUGGUUCAUUGACCUGUGGAACAAUUCCAUCAUUCCCUAUCUACAGGAAGGAGCCAAGGAUGGCAUCAAGGUUCAUGGACAGAAAGCUGCUUGGGAAGAUCCAGUGGAGUGGGUCCGGGACACUCUUCCCUGGCCAUCAGCCCAGCAGGACCAAUCAAAGCUCUACCACUUGCCCCCACCCUCUGUGGGUCCUCACAGCAUUGCCUCGCCUCCAGAGGACAGGACAGUCAAAGACAGCACCCCAAGCUCCCUGGACUCAGACCCUCUGAUGGCCAUGCUGCUGAAGCUUCAAGAAGCUGCCAACUAUAUUGAGUCACCAGAUCGAGAGACUAUCCUGGACCCCAACCUCCAGGCAACACUCUGAGGGUCCAGCAGUCACUGUCACCCUGGACAGUGGAAGGCUGGCUUCGGCUUCAUUAGCUCUCCUCUCCCCUCUUCUUUCAGAGCUCUGGCUUACCAGCCUCACCAGGACAGGAGGGAAGAAGAGGGCUGGAGGAGGGAUGGGUUCUUGGUGCUGAACCUUUGAAAACUUCCUGGUAGGGACUGGAGGGGUGGAGAUUGGGAACUCGUACCCCCUAAAUACAUUUGCUGGCCUCCUCUCGUGACUUUGGAGAAAAGAUGAUUCUGGGUCUUUUCUUCAAUUUUUGUUUCACCUACAAAACUCCUGGGCUUCUGUGGGGAGGGAUUCGGAGGACAUCACAAAAAAACUGUGCAGCAGUUCCUAGCCGGUUCUCGUGAACACCUCUGAGACAGUCACCAUCUGGGGAAAUCUAAGGGAGGCAGGAAACUCCACAGAUUUUCUUGCAAACCUUUCCCAAUUCUAUCACCACUGCCAACAAUCUUCCCCCAGAGAUCUGGCCAGAGCCCAGAAAAAAAAAGCAUGUUGUUAAACAGAAAAAAAAAAAAAAGAAAAUAAGAAAAAAAAAAUGUGUGAGUCAACCUGUAAGCGGUCAAAAGGCAACAGAAAAGAUGACACUGGAAAGAGGGGACCCAGUUGCCAAGAAGGAAAGAGAGCUGCCAGAUCUCACCCUCUGGAUGACAAUAGGGGACACUGACAAGAUGGCUUCCAAUCUAAGAUGCCACCCAACCACAAAAGGAACAUCACAGCCUUCAGAGAGACUGAGCUACCUUUCUGCCCUCGAAUUGAACAUGCAUGAAAGUCAAUAAACCCUACUUUUUUAAUUUUUAAUUUUUAAAUUCCAUUUCUUUCUUUUUUUUUUUUUCCUUCCGUUUGCCUAUUUAUUGCCCCCUUCCCCAGUUUUCUCACAUGUCAAUGAGAUACUUGAGUUUCCUUCCAGGAGAUAGUUUUGCUUUCCAAGUGGGUUUUCUUUGGAGAAUUGAAUUCCAGGCUGCUGGUAUAAGUUAGACACCUGCCAUGCCGCUAUCUCUGGCAUCCUUGGGGCUUACAGGCAACAAGAAACAUUGGCUCAGAACGGCAGGAGAAAAAGUAGCCCGUUUCUUUGACUUCCCUUCCGAGAAAGCAGGCGUUCGAGCUGGAAGCUCACCUGCCAUCCUCUGGCUUGACAUCGCGGACUGGAGGAAAACCAAAACACUGGAAACACCCACCUGUCUUAGGGCCUGUCUGGCCCCUCACUGCACUAUUAAGAUGGUAGCCACUUUGCCUGACUGAAUCAAAAUUCCCUAGCUAGUCCUCAGCUAGUUCUUGACAGGUGAAUAGUCACUUAUAAGAAACUGAGCAACCAUGUGAACUGCUUCAGAUCAGAAUAGAAGGCUCAAGGAGUUGGACUCAGUGGCCAAUAUUUGCCUUCCAAAGAGAUCCACCUCUUUCUUGCAGAAGUUGCACUCUUUGUAUUUCUACAGCCCACGUUCCUUCAUUUGACAAGCACGUAUGAGUACUUAACUGUAUACCAGUCACUAUGCUUAAAAAAAGACAAGACUUGGUCCUUAAGUUCAUAGUCUAGAGGGGAAUGUUAAGUACAACCUCCCCUUAUCUGGACCUUGAAAAUCAUCUGAGAAACAGAGGUGAACCCCAAGGAGUUACUUAAAAGAAGCCCUUAAUUAGAUGUCCAGUUUGUUGUGGGCAGAAGAUCGGGAAUCAGUUAAGAUGGAGCCUGAAGAACUAUGGAAGCUUGCUUGUCUAGAGUGGGAAAUCUACAUCUAUCGUUUCUGGAAACCGGAUGGAACCAGAUUCCAGGCUGAGCUGCCUUAUGGGCUAAUAUGUCAGCACUCUGCAGUUCAGGGAUAUAUAUACGAUGAGCCUGGACCUAAGAGUUUGCUCUUCAGAGUCCUAAGUAGCACAAGACUUACCAGAAUCUAUACCAAGAUUCUACAGGCAAACUAAAAUGGGCCAUUGUUCCACCCAACCGAGAAGUCACAUGACUCUCAACAGUAUAUUUCCAUUUAGGUCCUCAAGAUGGUCUAGCUUGUCCCCUUUCCCCUCCCUCCCCCGCAAAAGCUUCUAUAUUCACCUGGUAGCCCCAGGGAUGACAGGGUCCUCUAUUCUGGAGACUAUUAUUGCCAUUGCUGCUAAUUCCAUGAGCUGUGAAGACCCCCAACCAACUCAGCUGCAAAAUAUGCAAUUCUGUAGUGGGAAGAGGCUGCCUGUCCAAGGAUGGUGCUGCAAUCACUGCCUUAAGGUCUCUGCUGUGCAGAAGGAGAAGGCCCCAGAGCUGGGUGUUCCAACUUAGAAGGAAGGGGAGACUGGAUAGGCCUACUUUGGACAUAGGUCUCUUCUGAACCCUAUCCAGAGCUCCAGUGCCAUGGCAAGGCUCAGACUUUGGCUGACAUCCUAAUGCUCGAGCCCUUCACUCUGUCUUCUGGUGCUGCCCAGCCAGUGCCUUCUGAAAUGGAUGUUACUGGCUACUUAAGAAGAAGAAAAAUCGGCGAUGCCUUCUUCCAUUCCAACUGCCUCAGACUGCAGAGGGAUUGUCUCUGUGGUAACCAUGGAUACCAUCGUGAAUUUUCUUCGGGUCUGCAGCAAGUUGACUCUGGAGGCCUCUCCUACUAUAACUUUCUUUCUAUUUCUGGGAUCCACCACCACCACCACCACCUUCUCUCAGUUGACUGCUGCAUUUAGUUCAGGCCUCAAAUAGCCGUCCCCCAGGAAGACUGUUCCCAUCCAGUGAAGUGCUCUUGAAGCCUCUGCUUUCCUUCUGGAGCCCGGGACCCUGUUUACAGUUGCACAUCUGGGCCCCUCACAGUCAGCUCAACCAUCUCAAAAAGGGAUCACGGUUCUGUGGCAAUUGCGGAAGGCUGAGCCUCCUCACGGUGCUAAUAACCCCUUAGGAUGCUCAUCCAGACUUCUAAGAAGCAAAAAGCCUGAGCACCCCCUCACUGCCCAAGAAUUCAUGGCAAAGAGCAAGUCCACAGCAUUCUUUCCAACCUACACACUUGCUUCUUGGUUGAGACUACUGGGACUCCUCAGAAAGGAAAAACUGGGUCCCACAGCUAAAUUCUCAAUCUCCAGGCACCUUCAGAAGACUCCAACCUAUCCAGUUCUGGAAUCUGUGCUAUUCCCUUCCCCUCUCAGUCCCAAUCCCAUCCCUCACCAAAGUUGGCUAGUGAAGAACAUCAACCUUUGGAGAGCCUCAGCUCUAGGAGAGGCUAAAUAGAAUCCCUCAGAUUCUGGGAUGAAGACCAAUAAGUUGUAUUCGAUGUGUUCGUUUCUCAGUCCCUGCCUAGGCACUAGAAUAAAACACUAGGUAUUGGAGGCUGCUAUGGGACCUGAUGUCUGUGUAUCUCUCUGUUCUAUCUUGGGCUUUGUGGAACAUUAUUAUUUUUGAUAUCUGCUUUCUGGUAACUCUUUGGUGCUUAUUUCUGUCUCUGUAAAUCCUUACUCCAAUGUCUUUUGUGUAGUCUAAUCACUUGGAAGGUAGAGGCUGGCAGGAAAGGAGAAUGAGGUAGAAAAAAAAAAAAAAAAAACAACCAUAGAGAGACCCUACAAGAAAGCCUUUAUCGGUUGGUAAAUGUUUGGGUCUUGAAUUACCAUUCUUCUAACUAGUCUGUCCAUACUGACAGGCAUAAGACAAAAUAAUGAUUUUCUUUCUCCCCCUUUUCUGGCUUUUCUAGUUUGCAAGAGUUUAAGUGGACUUAACCUACCCAUCUCCUUACUUGUAGCUCUCAAAGAUGAGCCACAUUAUUCAAAGGGAUACCGCCCCCUUCGCGUACUCUGAAGAUGAACUCUGUUUCCUGUCGUAUUCCAGAAAAGUAGGGAAAGAAGUGGUAGGUUUUCACAACGCCUCCUAUCAUCACCCCAGAUGGAACCCAUUCACAGCACCCAGCAUGUGCACGGAUCACACUUGCCUGAUCAAAUGAGAUUCAGUCUUAUAAACUAGGAUCCAAAAGACAUUAAUGACUUUUUUUAAUGAUAAAAGGGUUUGGGAAGUUGUGCUAAUCACAAAUCUAAUACAGGGUUCCAGUGCUGAAGUAACUCAGAUUGUCAACUACAGCUCCUUAUCAUACUUUACCCUUUCUUUCCAUAGUCCUGGGCAUUAGCUAAAUUGAAGCUAGUGAAUGGACUCCAUGAGCCAACCCCCAUGGUAAGAAGAAAAAUGUCAGUUACAGCAGGUAAUAGAGAUGGAUAAGAUGGAUAUACCAACAGUUAUUGGUACACUUUUUUUUCUUCCAGUAUUGGGUAUCGAACCUAAGGUUUCUCAUAUCCUCAGCAAGUACUCCAUCACUGACCUAUAGCUCCAGCCCUCAUUAUUUUUUUAAAGACAGUUUCACUAAGUUGCCCAUAAUCCGGGCAAGCUUUGAAUUUGAUCAUACACACACACACACACACACACACACACACACACACACACACACACACACAUUAGCCUCUCAAGUAACUGGGAUUUCAGCCUGCAUCACUAAGCCCAGCUAUAAUACACUCUGUAGGAACCAUGCAUGAGAAUACCCAACAAGGAGGCUGUAAAUAAUAAAAAUGUGUUCCAAAUGGCCAAAGCCUGAAGACACUGCUCUUCAUAACUGAAUCAGCCUUACCUAGUCACCAACCCUCAGUUAACCUGCUCAGGGAUAAGAGGGCCACCUGGUAUACACCCGAGCUCUGGAAGCACAUGCUGUUAUAGAGAAGAUACAAUAAACUGGACACCGCAGAGUCUGGAAGGAAAGAAAGCAGGUGAAUUUUGGAAACCACAGGAAAAAAAAAGACAGUUAAGAACUACACUUAUUUAUACCAGUUCAUUCCAGUCUGAUGUUUUGGCUAUUUUCCUUAAUGAUUAUGUCCCAGGGAACAUUCUCUGACAUAUGAUAUGAAUCCCUGGAUCCUUGAUUCAACCUUUCGUUCCUUAAAGCGGUAUCACUCGGAGGAUGCCUACAGACCAGGAACAGCAGCAUGUGGGAAUGUGUUUAGGAAUAAAAUUCCCAGGCUCUCACCCAGACUUACCAAGUCGGCUCUGCAGUGGCAGUGCCCAGCCAUGUUUUAACAGUUCCUCUGGUGGAGCCAAUGCACGAGAGCCCUCACUCUGAGGUGGCUGAUGUUUAAAGACCCCAAAUAAAAAGCGUCUACAGUCUAA